GUUAUCUGUACUCCGCACGGCAAGCGGUACCUACUGCCAACAGGACCCUGGACAGCUUCUACCCCUUAGCCACAAGACUGUUAAAUAGUUAACCAAAUAGCUACCUUUUGAGUCAUCACAUACGCUGCGGAUACUGCUUAUUAUCUAUCAUGUUGCCUAAUCACUUUACCCCUACCUAUAUGUAAAUAUCUACCUCAAUUACAUUGACUCAGUACUGGUACUCAGUGUAUAUAGCCAAGUCAUCAUUACUCAGUACUGGUACCCCAUGUAUUUUGUCAAGUUGUAAUUGACUCAGUACUGGUAGCCAGUGUAUAUAGUCAUGUUAUAAUUGACUCAGUACUGGUACCCCGUGUAUAUAGCCAUGUUAUCAUUGACUCAAUACUGGUACCCUGUGUAUAUAGCCAUGUUAUCAUUGACUCAGUACUGGUACCCUGUGUAUAUAGCCAUGUUAUCAUUGACUCAGUACUGGUACCCUGUGUAUAUAGCCAUGUUAUCAUUGACUCAGUACUGGUACCCUGUGUAUAUAGCCAUGUUAUCAUUGACUCAGUACUGGUACCCUGUGUAUAUAGCUAAGUACUUGUUACUCAUUGUGUAUUUAUUCUUUGUUAUUAUCUUUCUAUUAUUGUUCUAUUUUUCUCUCUGCAUUGUGGGAAGGGCCCGUAAGUAAGCAUUUCACUGUUAGUCUACACCUGUUUACAGUGCAUGUGACUAAUGCAAUUUUUAAUUCAUUGGUAUUGCUCAUUUCAUACAAAUUGUAUUAGUUCUAUUAUUUUAAAGGCUAUUGGCUACUGCCAUUAGGUUACGAUGUCUUCGAGAGUGAUAACGAAUGCUGUAUACUUAUCUGCAGUUCUGAAAUAACAAAUGAGCACCUUAGAAAGCUCUAACACAAUGAAUUACAUGUUUUACUUUGAGUUUUUUGGACAGGCGGUAACCAUGGCUUCCCGAGCUGGACCUCGAGCUACUGGCACAGAUGGAAGUGACUUUCAGCACCGCGAGAGAGUGGCCUCACACUACCAGAUGAGUGUCGCCCUCAAGUCCGAGAUCCGUAAACUGAACAUCGUCCAUGUUCUGAUCUGGCUCCUCUUAGCUGCCCAGGUGACAGUGAGCCAGCUGAACCUAGUGUCCCACAGCGUGGUGGCUGCUCCCUAUCAGUGGGAGUACCCCUACCUGCUCAGUAUCAUCCCCUCCCUCUUCAGCUUCAUGGCCCUGCCCAAAAACAACAUCAGCUACCUGGUGAUCUCCAUGAUCAGUGCCGGUCUCUUCUGCAUAGCACCGCUCAUCUACGGGGGCAUGGAGAUGUUCCCGGUGGCCCAGCAGCUGUACCGCCACGGCAAGGCAUACCGCUUCAUCUUCGGCUUCUCUGCUGUGUCCGUCAUGUACCUGGUGAUGGUAAUCGCGGUGCAGGUGCACGGCUGGCAGAUCUACUACAGCAAGAAGCUGCUGGACGCCUGGUUCACCUCCACACAAGACAAGAAGAAGAAAUGAGGACAGAGGAUUAAAUUAUUUAAACAACUGACAAGGAAUGACUAUUGCUGCCUGCCACUGUCUGACACCACUUCUAGGCCCAUCUUCCAUCUAUAUUUGAAUUCUACAUCCCCAUCUCGCCAUCCCUAAUUGAUAGUUGUAGGACUAAUUGGAAUCCUUUAUACCACUCAGCAGGCUGUCCUGUCGUUUUCCUGGUAACCCUCUCACCUCCAUUAUCUCAUCUCCUGGCUCUGGAGCCUGUGGACAGAUUAAGACUUGAGUUGUCUGAGACUCCAGGGUUUAAUGUUGACAUGUCCUGCUGCCUUUAGAAACCCAUCCUCUUUAUAUCUCAUCCUGAUCUAUGGAGAUGGCUGCCAUAAUCUGUCCCCCAAGGGAUCGUAUGCUAGCUACUGUACCUCCAGUCUUAGCCAUAUGUUCUAAUUACCGCUCCUUCCUCCACAAGUUUGCACUUGUUCACUGAUUUGAAAGGAAAUGACUGGAAUAAUAAAUAUGGUAGAAACUCCCACUAGACCAGGGAUAGGCAACUUUGAUGGGGGUGGGGACCACAAAACAUCUGAACUCAUCAUGAGGGGCCGCAGUAGCUCUCGGGUCUACCUAACCUUGGGGUGACAGGUAGACUAGUGGUCAGAGCGUUGGACUAGUAACCGAAAGGUUGCAAGAUCGAAUCCCCGAGCUGACAAGGUAAAAAUUUGUUGUUCUGCCCCUGAACAAGGCAGUUAACCCACUGUUCCUAGGCUGUCAUUGAAAAUAAGAAUUUGUUCUUAACUGACUUUCCUAGUUAAAUAAAGGUUAAAUAAAUAAACUCAUCCACACAUACAGUCAGAGCCUUUUGGGGGCCCUAAGUGGAAUUUUGUGUGUGUCCCACCUUGCGAGCACAAAGUUUUAGCGCCCCCCCCCCCCCCCCCCCCUAAUGACAAUGGAGAAGGAAAAAAGUACGUUUUAGAAUUAAUUUCCUGAUAUUCUACACAAUUUGCUAUGGGGAUGAGAGAUUUUGUAAUUUAACUAAUUUCAUGGAAUUCUAAUCAUUUGCAAUAGGGUGGAGAGAAAUGUUUGCAGUUUUUAUUAUGAUAUCUGAGUGAGAGUUUCUUACAAAAUCAAUUGGGCCCCUCCCCAGUUGGUAAUUCAACCAUGAUUACUACAAGUUUAGAUCGCUGGCUAGACUAUCUUACCAGUCUAAACAAAUGUUAGCUGACAUGUGCUAAUUGAGUGAAUAUCAGUGACUGACAUAACAAGAGAGAAACUGCUGAUGCACAACCAAACAUUGAAAUUGCACCUUGUGUUUUCUACUAUUCUAACUUUCAACAGUAAGUUGAGAACCCGACUGAGUUCCUCAUUUUUUUCUCUUUCAUUUUUGGAAAUGUAUUCGUGGGCCAACCUCGGACCAGCAGUUUCCCAUCCCUGCUUUGGACAGUGCCACUGCGAAUCCAGUGUUUUUAGAUUUGUGGGUGAAAUAGUGAACGAGUGUACACUUCAGGAGGCCGGAGUUAUAGUUGGGACAUACCCAUGACUAGGUCAGGGCAUGAUGUGGCCUUAAUGAGAGGAGGCAUCCAGAGCUGAACGGAAAGGGUUCAGAGAAAGACAAGAGCAGUGGUCAGAUUGCGUCCAUAUGGUUGUGUGCUGCUGUCAAUGCACAUUUUCAUGUUGACAGUACUCAACAAUUUAAUUGUUUCUAAAUGAGAUGUACAUUGUUAAAUAACAAUAAAUGGCUAUGCUGUA